AUGGAGUUGGAUAGCUUGGUUGUGAUGGAACUGGUGGUCUUAUGGUUUCGUGAAUUAGUUGCUUGGGUAUCCUCUAUCACGUUGGCCACAAGUGGGCUCAGUGUUCCCGAUGUUAGCUUUGGCCCCUUCGAUUUCCGGGCGGUUGUGUCAGAGGGCCUGGGUGGGCAGGGGGCUUUUCAGUCUUCAGAGAUGGAGAAACUGACCUGCUUAUCAGAGGGUAGAGUUUUGGAGGUGAAUACCAAGUACGAACUGAUGUUCAAUGAGGCCGGCAAAGAGAUGAUAUCGGCGAGAUCCAUUGAUUUGCGCUUUGGUUUAAGGUGUGUCGUGUCGUCGGCAGUGCUGGUUUCAAAUAUGGGACUUUUCAGAGAUAUAAGUAAACAGAGGCUCAUUUUUUUGGACAGGGUAGGUAUGAAUGAUGAUGUACUUGAGGAUCUCGCAGCGGAGGGUUGGGUUGAGGAGGCCGACGGCAGAGCCCCGACGAAAGACGACAUGACGGUGACGGUCUCCAAGCUGCCGGAGCUCAAAGCCCCAAAAGGGUCCGGCGGUUUCCUCGUCAAGAAUCUCUACCUCUCUUGCGACCCGUACAUGAGAGGCCGAAUGCGCCCUCCUUCCCCUGCCUCUUACAUCCCCUCUUUCAUUCCCUCCCGAGUAAAUCCGCAAUUUCCCCCCAAAUGGCCAAAUCCCCUGUUUUUACUUUCUCUAAUCUCCUGA